AUGGAGCCCACCACAGAGCUUUUUCGACCAUAUCUCGCAAAACACACCAAUCUGAGAGGCAUUGGAGAUGUUAGACCGACGGCUCUCGAGAUCAUUAAAGAUCUUAACGCAGAGGGAAAGCUCAACGACGCUGUCAUCCUGAUUACUGGGUGCUCCGCUGGGCUCGGUGCUCAAACUGCAAGGGCAUUAUACCGGACAGGCGCGAAACUAUAUUUGACUGUCCGCGAUGUCGAAAAAGGGAAGGCCGUCAUCAAGUCCAUAACCGACGAUGCACCGGCCGGAAAGAUGAUUGAGCUCAUUUCUAUGGAUCUGGGUGACCUAGAGAGCGUAAGAUCAGCCGUCACUGAGUUCAAGUCCAAAAGCAACCAGCUCAACAUCUUGAUCAACAAUGCAGGCGUCAUGGCAGCACCUCAAGGCAAGACCGUCAGCGGCUUUGAGACACAUAUGGGAAGCAACCACUUCGGGCACUUCCUGCUGUUUGAGCUGCUUAAGCCCACAUUGUUGUCAUCGGCUUCAUCCGAACGCAAGUCUCGCGUCAUAAAUCUGUCAAGCAGCGGUCAUCUCAUCAGUCCCGUUCGCUUUGACGAUAUAGACUUCGCAGUGGUGGGAAGCUACGACCCCUAUGCUGCUUAUGGACAAAGCAAGACGGCAAACAUUUACAUGGCCAACUACAUCGAUAGAGUCUACGGAUCUCAGGGUAUCCGAGCUGUGUCUGUUCACCCCGGUGUGAUUCUCUCAACCGAAUUGAUGCGACAUCAGAAAGUGGAAGAUCUCUUGAGCAUUGGCGACCCGGACUACUUCCAGAAAAUAGAAUGCAGCGCGGAACAGGGAGCUGCAACUACUGUAUGGGCUACUCUGAGCCCAUACUUCGAGACCCAUGGUGGUGUAUACCUGGCCGAGGUUGGCGUAGCUCCUGCCCUUGCGGAGGAUGAAGGGAUUGGAAGGUGUGGCUAUGCUUCCUAUGCGUACGACGAGGCAGCCGAGAACAAACUAUGGGAAUUAAGCCUGAGAGCUGUCGGGCUAUAG